CUAACUAACGGUAUGGGACCAACCUUUAAGUGAAAGACAAUGAAUCGUUGAAUGGACGUGUUUCUUUUUAACGACUAGUGCCUGUGUAGUCGUCCCUGAACGCACCAGCGGCAGUUGAAUGAAGUGAGGGGCAGGAAGUGGUUGUGAAGGCAGUUCCACACCUUUCCGGUGUAACACCGCCGCGAUCAGCUCGGCUUAAAGGAGAAAGCCUACUAUAAGGGACCGAAAGUGAGGACAUAACGCAGGGGGGAGAGUGUGUCCUGGUUGACUUCAUGUGUUGCUGAGUCACGGAGGAGUUCUCUAACCAGGAAGGUGACAAAAAUCUUUGGUUGGAGUAGCACUAGCUGUAGAAAGCUGAUUUUUACUUACCCGGUAGUGCUGAAAGAGCCGGGGCGCAGCCGGUAAAGAGGACUGUCACAGGUCUCCAGAAGGACUGUAGUCGUACUAUAACACUUCCCUGCAUAAUUAACACACCAAGAACUCCCAUUUAGACUGUUUUGGGGUGUAGGAAUGACCAUCCCGCAACAGUUUGUGGAGUAACGAGGCAUGGUGUGAACAGGCCGCGCAGUGCUACUUAAAUACACACGUCCAUGCACCAGGAUCCCGACCUCUAUAGCAAGUGCUUAAAAUAGAAUCAACAUGAGAGUGCUUUUCUAACAUUAUUAGCAGCCAUGCUUUCACACAUAAGCCUAUAACUGAACUGAAGUCCCAUUAAGAAUACGCAGUACUGUUUUUGUCAUUACCAGCAAGGUAUUUAUAUGCACAAUAGUUAAAAAUGGGGAAGAUGCUGUCUAAGAUAUUUGGGAACAAGGAGAUGAGAAUAUUGAUGCUUGGACUUGACGCCGCCGGGAAGACAACAAUCCUAUACAAGCUGAAACUGGGACAGUCGGUCACCACCAUCCCGACAGUGGGCUUCAACGUGGAGACGGUCACCUACAAAAACGUCAAGUUCAACGUGUGGGAUGUGGGCGGCCAGGAUAAGAUUCGCCCACUGUGGCGACACUACUACACAGGCACGCAAGGGCUCAUUUUCGUGGUGGAUUGCGCCGACAGAGAUCGCAUCGACGAAGCGAGGCAGGAACUCCACCGCAUCAUAAACGACCGGGAGAUGAGGGAUGCCAUCAUCUUGAUAUUCGCCAAUAAGCAAGACCUUCCCGACGCGAUGAAGCCACAUGAAAUCCAAGAGAAGCUGGGAUUGACCCGCAUCCGAGAUAGGAAUUGGUAUGUUCAACCCUCCUGUGCGACCACAGGUGACGGACUCUAUGAGGGCCUCACAUGGCUAACCUCCAAUUACAAGUCUUAAUGAUUGAGUGCUGACUGUUUUAGGUCAAAAGUUGCAAAUAACCUCACCAAUGAGUGGUUAAGUACAAAUCGAUUGCCCUCAUUUAUUUUUAAUACUGCAUUUACCCCCAUAACUAAUUGAUCCGCCAAUUGGGUUGCUGGUUUAAAAAAAAAAUGCUUGUCCUGUGUAGCAGAAUUUAUCACAGCAUUUUAGGGCUUGCUUCUUUAUAUUGAAAUAAUCGGUUCUACUGUGGAAGCCACAAACAGUUCACCACCUUUGCCUGUUGUUUUUCCUGUUUUAUAUCAUUUUUCUAAUGAUGCCGAGUUUAUUUGCAUUCAUUCUUGGGUUCUUGGGGUUCUUUUAUUUUUGGUUUAAUGGACGAUGACGCAGUACUAUGAUGAAUAGUAUUUGAUGAAAGGGUAUUGAUUGCUGCAAAUUGAGAGAGAAUGUCCCCUUUUAGUCAUGAUUCAUUGUUACAUGUCUUAAGAGAAGAUUUCAUCAGCCCUCACUCAAUCCUCUUAUACGGGCUAUGUAUCUUUAAACUAAUGUGUCAUGUCUGGAUACCUAAAUGUGCUAAUAUUCAACAGAAUGCCUCUUAACCAUGCUUGUUGGGAUGCAUUUUUAAUUCAGAGUGGGUCAAAUCAUCGCUCCAAAGGAAUGUCCUUCAGUACUCUCAAUCUGUCUGGAUUAGUCUCGGUAUAGGGACAUUAUAUGAUGAUGAUGAUGAUGAUGAUGGCCUAUAUCUGUAGCAUGAAGUGCAGCAACGCUCCACCAGGGACCACACCUGUCAUGCAGUCAAAUGUGUUUGCUGCAGCUCUUAUUUUGUUCAGGCUGGGGGAUCCAUGUACAGACCUUGUCAUUGUAAUGUCUUAUUAAAAAAAAAAGUGAUUUGAAAGCUGCGUCGUCUCUUGUUUGUUAAACCAAAUGGUGCUUGACUUAGAAGUACAGUGAAGUAAAAACUACGUGUUAAUGUGAGAAUAUGCAAAACGGGAAGUUAAGUUAAACUGCAUGAAUGUGGUAGAAAUGAAUGUAUCUUAAAACGGCAACAGUACUUACAUGACCACUCAUAUCUAGAAUGUGACUGAGAGCACAGGCGUGCAUCAGGGUUGAGUGUUAGGUAACGGGCAACUUCCCAGUCCAUGGAUGAUGAGAGUUGGGGGUGUGUCAUUAUGACUGAUGGGCGGAUCAGUCCUUUGAUGUCAUAAUAGCUCCAUAAUCUGCAAUAUUGCAUCACUAUAUUUGCACCUCAAAUUACCUUUUUCUUGCAGUUUUAGCUAUCAUAUCACUGCUAUUUUUUAUAAUAUUUAAUGUUUUCAUUAUACAGUAAACCUCGGAUAUAUCAGACUCGGAUAUAUCGGAAAUUCGCUCACAACGGACAGAUAAAA